AAUUGUUCUUGUCUCAAAUAUUUCCGUAUAUUCUCAUUUGAAACAAUAAUUAUGGCGGUGUUAAUGAGUUUUGGUUUGCUCGGGCUAAUCUUAAUGAUCACCUUUAUGAAAGUCACUGACACUGAUGCAGUCACAACUAAUGUCACAACCACAUGUGAAGAUAAAAAAGAGGAGUUAAUGUUUUUUUCCGCAGGAUUUAUGACAGCAUCCUUAGUAUUUUCCAUUGGUUGCUUUGUUUCAAAACGCAGCACUCAACCAAGCAAAAAGAACAAUAAUGACACUACGAGCACUGACCAAGGGGAACAUAUGUUUGCAACAGCACCAGAUAAUGUAUACGUUAACGAAGGAUCUUGUGAGUCCGAUCGUAAAAGUAAUGGAUACUGCAAUAUUGAAAAGAACUCUGAAAACUGUUCUCAGUCAUCAAAAUCUAAAAAGAUAAUUCCUCAACGAGAAUCGUAUGAUAUGGUUGAGCACAAUCGAGCAAAAUCGCAUUUGGGGAAUGAUGAAGAUGAUUCAAAUCCGUAUAACCAUGUGACAGUCGAUAUGGAGGUUACCGAAUACGACAACGCAUGUUUUCUAAAGCCAAGGGCUGAAGUCAUGGAUCCAACAUAUUCUCAUUUGUCAGAAGCAAACUUGCAUAUUGAAAGUCCUAAUGCUACGAAACAAAAAGGUGACGAAGUAAUCAACGGAACAAAGAGUUCCAAUGCUGAAACAAAUUCAAAUGAUCAACAGCAAAACACGCCAGAAAGGCAAAAGCCAAGGAAACCAGAAACGGAAAAAAGAUACCAAAGGAAACCUAAUAUACCACAAAAGCCUGAAAUCAAAACUGAUGACAGAAAAAACCCAAAACUAAAGGUCUUAGUGAAUGGCGAAGAGCAGAUACAAGAACAUAAGAUAUGCUUAAAUGCUGAAAUGGAGGAAAGAUCAAAUAUGACAAAUUAUGAAACCGACAACGAUAAAAUUAAAAUAAAAGAGGGAAAUAGGCUUAAUAGAAAGAAGUUUGGAUACUCUUUCGUCCAGAAAAAGGAAGAAAUCCUAAAUAAAGAUUCAGCAGAAAUACCUAAUGAAUCCGAUGCAUUUGAAGUUUCGUGUGACGACGAUGAAAAAUCCUUCAAAAUCAGGAGUAAAAAUAAAGAACAUAACACUGCAGAGAAAUCAACUGAAGCAAAGAAUGGGAAAUCAUCACUUGAGGUUUUGUUCGAUCAAAGUAAUGGUUCUUUCCUCUUUAUUUCAAAUUGUGAAGAGAUCAAUGAAAGGAGCAACAAACACGUUUUUCCUGAAACCGAAUGCGUAAAAUUAGCAUUCCCAAAUGGUAGGUAUGAAACGUCAAGUAAUAAUGAUAGUGAUUCAGAAACCGAAUUACUUCCACCUGGAAUGGCCAUUAAUAUUUUGUAUGAAGAUGUGCCAAUUACCAAAGGAAAUGUCAGGAUCAGUGCUGUUGAUGAGUCUUCGGAUCAGGAACUUGGAUCGUUUCAUGAACUAUCAGAGGAGAAUUACUCUAUUUGAACAUCUAGCUUAUUUGAACAGUAUAUACUAUGGAUUCAUUAUAAUUCGUGGAAUGCUAAUUUUCGUUGAUUUCGUGGUUACAGGUGAACCACGAAUCUAAAUGUUCAACAGAGAAAAAAAUUGAUAAAGGUCUGUAUGCACUUCCUUCUCACUAGUACUACGAAAUCAAAUAUCCACGAAAAUUCAAAGUUUCCUCAAUCCAUGAAAGUUGGUACCCACACACAUUAUUGAAUCCUCAGCAGAUUUAAUCCUUAUUUUACAUCGACCUUGAAUGACGUAAUUUCGCUAUUUUGAUAAUCAAGGAAAUGCACGUUACGUGUGAUUGCUAAUUAAAUGCCAAAAAAAUGAUAUGCAUUUUAUAAAUUGACUAUUUUUUUAACAAAAUGCUUUAAAUUAUUACAUAGAAAGAAAUACUGGACCACUGUUAUAAUUAAUUUGUAAUUUAUUUUUAUUAUCUUAAAAACUCCAAGCUUUGCAAUACAUGGAUACAUAAAUAAUUUACGAUACAAGUAUUACUACUAAAUCUUUCAAUAGCAGUCUCAAGCUUAAAAUCCACUUUUAGAAUUGCACAACAUAAAACAGUUUAUUCAAAGAUAAUUGAUAGUUAUACUGCAUUCAUCAGUAAUGUUGUGAAGGAUUUAUAAUAUAACAUCCUUUAUCAAUAGGGAAUUAAAUCUUGUGACUCGUGUUGGGAGAGUACAAUGCACGUAAAGAAUUCUUUCAUGCAUCGGAAGGCGAGCUGUUAAAAAACUAAUUUUUCGUAGCAUAUCAUAUAUACCGUCAUUUCUAGUUGCAAUCAAAAUACUGAUUUUUCAUCCAGUAAAGAAAUCUAUUGCAUAACUUGUCUAAUGAUUUUUUUUAUUAUUUGUCCUCUUUUGAACCUGAAAUGGACAGAAAAAUAACCAAACAGUCAAACUAUCAAUGAUGUGCAUAUUUUUAUUUGCUUAUUUUGAAUAAACAAAGUGUUACCACCAAAUGAAAUUGUUAGAUUUGGUGUUUAUUAAUUAUGAAGAAUGAAUGUAAAUCUUGAGCCACACUUACGCUCAUACUUAAUAAUGUAGAAAGGGAAUUACAUUCUCUUUAUACAAAUACAUACCACACUUCUAUUUUGAUACAUAGAUUUUCUACUUUGUCAAGAAAAUUUCGAUUAUCAUAAAAGGGCACUCUGAAAUACAGAACGGGUACAUAUUGCCGUAAUUUCACCGUAUUUAUUAAUCAUAGACAUACAUUUUGUCACUGUUGGUAUUUGAAGAAAUGAACUAAAUUUUUCUGACCCUUUGAUUUCAAUAAUAAUGUUAUUCUAACUAUUACAGAGAACGAUAUUUUCAGUUGAUAACUAUAUUUAGCUCUAAUGAAUUUUAUAAAUAUGAAAUAAUGUAUAUAAUAAACUCAUCAUAAAUACCAGGAUUGAAAUUUUAUAUUGACGCCAGACGCGCGCGGUUCGUCCACAAAAGACUCAUCAGUGACGGUCGAAUAACAAAAAUGACAAAAAGGCCAAAUAAGUACGAAGUUAAAGAGCAUUGAUGACCAAAUAUUUCUCAAAGUGUUGCCAAAUAAAACUAAGGUAAAAUUUCCUGAUGUAGAAAAGCCUUAGUAUUUCAAACAUUUUUGUUAAGAGUUUAUUUAUUAUUAUGAACACAUCAAUGAUAAUUCAAGUCAACACAGAAGUACUACCUACUGGAUAUAGUUGUUUGUAUUAUGCCUAUAGUAAACAUAUACACAAAAUUUAUAUUUUAGACUGUUUUCAUGCUGCUAAGUAAACUAAGUAUUCGUUGCAUAUGUUGCCAAUAAGAUUGCUAUUUGUAUAACUUAUACUUGGUUAAAUUGCAAAAUUAUAGCAAAAAAAUAGACACAAGAAAAUCAUACUUUUGAACUUUUCUUCAAAAUACAAUAUAAAUAAAUACACACAUACUUAGUAUGAUGCAUGUAAAGUAAAUUAAUUAUUGAUUAUCAUACGAGCUAUUGGUAAAAAAGAAAAGAGAAAAAUGGGAAAGAUGUAAGUUAUAUAUUAAUCUUUGUUGAUAACGUCGAUGAUGUUGAUGGUCUGUAUCCGCAUCAAUGCCGUUUUUUGGAGGUGCAGGAAAUCUGUUUGCCCUUUUGAUGAAAUUUUAUAUAAA